UAUUCCGCGUUUACGUGUUCGCCGGAACGGCUCUUCUUUAUCCUCUCGCCGAGCAACCGACGCCGUCCACUCCGGCUUCGCCAGUUCGCCUCCUUCGCCGUCGCCAUGGCCGACGCUAAAUCCCAAGGCCGAGCACCGACUACCGCUCCCGCUCCCGCUCCCGCUCCCACAUGGGCGCAACGGACCGAGGCCCUGACACACAUCCUGACCCACCCGUCCCACUCGCCGUCGCUCCACUCGCAGCUCUUCCUCGCGUCCCGCGUCCCGUGCCCACCUCGGGGCUCCUCCUACCCGCCUUUCCUCUGCCCCGGCGCGUCGCUCCUCCGGUGGGCCCUCACCUCCGUCUUCCUGCCCCGCGCCGCGCGCCUUGGCCUGCCGCCUUCGUCCUGGCGCUCCCGGUGCCCCUUCCAGCUCCCGCCGCCGCUCGUGCCCUCCGCCGGCAUCGAGCCGGCACCGGAGCGGUGGACCGAGGCCGAGCUCCGGGGGUACGCGCAGCGGCGGCGGGCUCGGAGGGGGCCCAUGAGGACGCGGCCGCCGGUGUCCAUGGCGGGGGGGGGGCUGACGACCGUGCCCAACAUCGUGAUCAUCGUGGUCAUCAUGCGCGAGCUCUUCUGGGUCCGGCCUGGCCGCUUCUGAGCCAUUCAGGUAAGCGGAUGCUCACGCAGCCGUGCGAGUUCUUCAACUGUGGACUGCGGUGCACUGACAUUGUGUGAUAGUAGCAUAUUUGUUAUACAAAACAAAUCGUCGACUGCAGCUUGCGAAAUUGUGACACUAUUUCCAGCGUCUUCCAGUUUGGGUAGAACUUGUUAAUGCAGUGUUAUUUGUUACUCG